UCCUUAAAACCUGCAUAUACUUUCAAAAAGUGCAAUUUUUAGUUGCUGUCUUUUAAGACGUAGUUCUUUUCGGUUGGUUAUAAAAUUGGGUUACUCACUUUCGUUGGGGUAUAUUGGCAGCAAUAUUUAAAAAUGGGUUUAACAUUUCAGCACAUAUACAUAUGUACAUAUAUUGAUUAUCUCUUUGGCUUCCAAAACUAUUUCGUUAGAAAUAAGGAAACAUUUUCAAUUUUCGAUUCCAUUGUCUGAUAUAGGGGUGCAUUUUCCGUUGGUGGUGUGCGUGGGUGAACCAGUUUUCACUGAGGAACCAAAAAUCUACAGCUGAAAAGAACACGAAAUACAUCAAGAAAAGUCCCCAUACUUUUUAAGCAUUUCAUUAAUACUUAUUGUGCUUUUAUAAUUGUAUAAAAUUUAAAAAAUAAGUAUCAUCUUCACAACUGAUUAAUGAUUUAAAGAAUCCCAGUAGACAACAACUUCGUAAAAAAUAUAAAAAACGGAAGUUGUACGGAUCUCAGGCAGACAAAACGUCCGAUUUUAGGCUCAAGAACGAUAAGACAGUAAAUGACCUGUCCUGGGGUUUGUGGCUAUCAUUUUCGGAAUCCGAAUAAGAUUUCGAUUGCGGACCUUUUACGAUAUCAUUAUCGCGUAUAAUCAUGAGAAUUCGCGAUACUCGUCCGCUAUUCAUCCAUUUGCCCGUCCGUUUUUGAGCAUUUAGCGGAAAAUCCGAAUCUUUGUCCGUCUUUAAUAUUUUUAGCGGACAUUUUCGGAUCCAUCCGCACUAAGUCCACUGUUUGUUUGCUGGGAAGAUACAUAACCAAUAAUUUUGUACGCGACUGUGCAGCGAACAGCUAGGGAUGUAUGUAGAUUCUACAUCUAAAGUAAAAUAUCCGAAUGCGAAUACCCUUCACAAAGUACUGUGGCUUCAUUGAUUUGGUUCUCAAGGCAUAGAUAUUCGUUUAACGAGACCAACACCAAAGUGAGAUAAGAAUGCAUUUCAGAAGCUUUACGUAUUCCCUUUGUGCACCCCACCAAAGUUUACGUAGAUUAUAAACAUGUGUCGUAGAACGAAUUACAAUCAGUGAGUGCUAUCAACUGCCAGAAACGGAGCCGUAAUCACGCUGAUACCCCUCGUGAAAUCGACAACAAAGGCCGCCUAGGCCCGUCUCAGGCAUCGGAUCCAGGUUGGAGGCGCUCACCAGUGACAUUGUAGAGAGGCUGCGCCGGGGGCAGAGUCUGGUUGUUGCUGCUGUGCGGUUCGCAAAGGACUCAAAAUUGAUAGAAACAACAAAAAGGCAGCUGCAACUGGUGCCUCUUCCGAGGACCAGCCGCCGCGCAAAAGGGGUCGUCGCUCAGGAGGCUCCACAUCCUUGUCCGUUUCCCCCGCCACUGCCGCUGGAUCAGUAGAUGCGGCAGCAUCCACGUCGAGAGCGGCCCAGCAGUUACAGCAACAGCACCAAGUGAACUCCACUGCGACUGGCUUCAGCGCAGAAACAUCGGGAAAUCCCAGCAGAGGGCAAACCCGGAAAUCGACAGAUACCAAUAAGAGGCCAAGGGAUCAUAGUAGUAGCAGCAGCAGCAACAGCAAUACAUCCGUCUCCGAGGCAAGAAAUAGUACUGGACCGAACAUGCAGAGCACCACUUCCACAUCGAGCGGCUCCUGCUCUAGGCCGUUAGAAGGCUCCGCUUUGAACUCAGGCAGCAGUGUCGAGAACGUGGCCCGCGAGGGCGUCGGCAGCGGUAGCGGCGAUGACAGCGCCGGUAUCGGAGAUGAGAAUCCUUCGGGCAGCAGCGCCGCCACCAACGGCCACGACGCCAAACACAAUGGAUUUGCCGUCAAUAACAACGGCAGUAGCAGCUGUAUUGUCGUCGAUGGCGAGAACAAUCGCGAGAACACUAGCUACAGCGGCGUGCAGCUUGACAAAUCCAACCAGGAGAUCAUCCGGCUGAUCGGUCAGUAUCUGCACGACGUUGGCCUCGACAAGUCGGUCAAGACGCUAAUGGUUGAAUCUGGCUGCUAUUUGGAGCACCCUUCUGCCACCAAGUUCCGAGAGCAUGUCUUAAUGGGCGACUGGUCCAAAGCUGACUCGGACCUCAAGGACCUAGAGCCACUGAUAGAUAAUGGAAAAUUGUCAACGAUCACCGAAAUGAAGUUCAUACUACUGGAACAAAAGUAUUUAGAGCAUUUGGACGAUGGCAAUCCCUUGGAUGCACUGCAUGUUCUCCGCAGCGAGCUAACGCCCCUGCAGCACAACAUAUCGCGGGUGCACCAGCUCUCCUCGUACAUGAUGUGUUCCACCAACCAGGACCUAUACCAGCGCGCCAAGUGGGAGGGCAAGGGCAUCCUGUCCAGAGCGUUGGUCAUGGAGCGGCUGCAAACGUUCAUGCCGCCGUCGGUAAUGAUGUCACCGAGACGCCUACGCACCCUGCUGCAGCAGGCCGUUGAGCUGCAGAGCCAGCACUGCCCCUGCCACGACAUGGCGUGGGAGACGAAUCUGCAGACGGUGUCGCUCCUUACCGACCACUGCUGCACCACAGACGGCUUUCCCAUGCAAACCAUCCAGAUUCUCACUGACCACUGCGACGAAGUAUGGUUCUGCAAGUUCUCACCCGACGGCCUCAAGCUGGCCACGGGCAGCAAGGACUCUACUGUGAUUAUCUGGGACGUUGAUCCGUACAAGCUAACGCUUAAGCACCGGCGCGUGCUCGACGGUCAGGCCCAGCUCAGCGUUAGCUUCGUCAGCUGGAGUCCCGACUCAAAGCUCAUUCUCGUCGGCGGCACAGAGGAUUCGCACGAACUGUACAUCUGGAACGUGGACGACGGCAAGCUGGUUGUCAAAUUCUCGCAGUCGCUGGAGGACAGCCUGGCCUGCGGUGCCUUCAGUCGCGAUGGCGCUCGCUUCGUGUGCGGCGGCCAGAAGGGUCAGCUCUACCUCUGCGACCUGAACGGCACUAUUGUGGACUCCUGGGAGGGCGUUCGCGUCAACAGCAUAGCCUUUCGAGCUGACAACAAGACGAUCUUAGCGGCAGAUAAUCACUACCGUAUCAGAGGGUACAACUUCGACAGUCCGCGCUCAGACUUUGAUAUUCUGAGGGAGCCACAUCCCAUCAUGACAUUCAGCAUAAACUCCGCCGACCGUUUGGCGCUGCUGAACGUUUCGAACCAAGGGCUUCAUCUUUGGGACAUAGAGGACAAGUGCUUGGUACGUCGUUUUCAGGGUAUCCGGCAAAGCAACUUUGCUAUCCACUCCUGCUUUGGCGGCGUCAACGAGAGCUUUGUGGCCAGCGGUAGCGAGGAUAAGGUGGUCUACAUCUGGCACAUUAAGCGCGAGGAACCACUGGCGAAACUGGCCGGUCACACCAAAACGGUCAACUGUGUGUCAUGGAACCCUGUGUACCCGUCCCUCCUGGCCAGCGCCAGCGACGACGCUACUGUCAGAAUUUGGGGGCCCAAGCCCAACGGCAGCAACGCAACGACUGAGAGCGACGAUAGCUCUUCUAGUUCGUCUUCGUCCUCGUGGAAUAUGACUUAAGAAGAUCGUAAGCCGUAGCUAAUUGAUGUAUGUGCGAGACGGAUAGAUAUUGGAUGCUGAUUUAGUUAUAUAGUGCGCCCGCCCUGCCCCCAAUUCGGUAUACGUAAGGGCUGUUUGCGCGUCGGUGUCGUCGUUGCUACAAACUGCCAUUACAAUAAUAUGUAUGAGCAGCAUGACUUACGAUUAGCAUUAAUUACUUAAGUACAUUCAUACGAGAGGAGAGGCAUAACAUCAUAUCUACAACGCCCUAUGCUAUAACAGGAAACCGAUUCGUUCUCAGAUAUGUAUCUUUUUGUGUGUACUGAUAGCAACGCGCUAAUUAACGUUUCCUUGGCCCACAUAUAUUAUUGACUAUUCCCGAGCUUUUAAUUUAAAGAAGGUGGAUCGAUCGGCGACCUUGCUUGGUUUUAAAUUCAUUGCCAUUUGAUUCGUUCUAUACAGUUUCAAAAGUUUAGUAUGUAACGCUAUUUGACGUAUUUCAUAACCAACAAACACAAUAAAAAUUAGUUCUAUAUAUGUUUUUAA